AUUCCUGAGCCUCUUCGUCAAGUUGGCGAGGGUGUGAGAAAAACAUUGAACGCAGUGAUUGUUUUUGUGCCGGAAAAAGUUAAAUUUCAGUGGUUUUUCCACCGAUAAAAUCCAGAUAGCGUGUGUAAAAUGGAACAUAAAGAUCAGAAGGAAACGAAGACGGCAAAAGUCACCGUUGAGCCGUCGAUUCUGCCAAAUAAUAGUGAAAAGAUUGCCUCGCUCACCAAAGAAGCGGAAUCCCUGAAGGCGAAAUUGGAGGAAGAGCGCCAGAAACUCAAUGAUCUGUCCUUGUCUACGGUUGCUGAUCGCCUGGAAAUGAUCACUUACUUGAACAUCAAGCCCAGGCGGGUUCUGAAGGGUCAUCAGGCGAAGGUUCUGUGCCUGGAUUGGUCACCGGACAAGAGGAAGAUCGUGUCCUCGUCGCAGGAUGGGAAAUUGAUCGUCUGGGAUGCUUUCACCACCAAUAAAGAGCACGCUGUGACCAUGCCGACGACUUGGGUGAUGGCCUGCGCCUACGCGCCGUCCGGAAAUCUCGUGGCGUGCGGCGGGCUGGACAAUAAGGUCACUGUGUACCCGAUCACGCUUGAGGAGGACAUCUCAGGACGCAAGAAAACCGUGGGCACGCACACGAGCUACAUGUCUUGCUGCAUUUUCCCGAACUCCGACCAGCAGAUCCUCACGGGCAGUGGCGACUCAACAUGUGCUCUCUGGGAUGUGGAAUCGGGCCAGUUGCUGCAGAGCUUCCAUGGACACACUGGAGAUGUGAUGUCAAUUGACCUGGCGCCGAAUGAAACGGGAAAUACCUUCGUUUCCGGGAGUUGCGAUAAGAUGGCUUUCAUCUGGGAUAUGAGAUCUGGAAACGUUGUGCAGUCCUUUGAAGGACACCAAUCUGAUGUGAACAGCGUGAAAUUCCAUCCCAGCGGCGAUGCAAUCUCCACAGGAUCUGAUGAUAGCACCUGCCGUCUCUUCGAUAUGCGGGCUGAUAAGGAAGUGGCUGUUUACUCGAAGGAGAGCAUCAUCUUCGGCGUGAAUUCCGUCGACUUCUCCGUGAGUGGGCGCCUUCUGUUCGCCGGAUACAAUGACUACACUGUGAACGUCUGGGACACGCUCAAGGCCCAGAGAGUCUGUCUGCUGUACGGACACGAGAACAAGGUGUCAUGCCUGCAAGUGUCUCCUGACGGCACGGCUCUGGCCACGGGAAGCUGGGACUUCACACUGCGGGUCUGGGCUUAAAUGCGCGCCAAGUUUUGCGCCUUGAUGUCUCAUUAGUCUAGUCUCGAGUGUUGCAUGUUCAGAAUAGGGGAGAAUCUCUAGAAAAGCGACUGGAAUAUUUGGAUUCUCAUUUCAUUCCAAAAUUUGUUGAAAUAUUACAAGGAAUUCCCAUUGUCUAGCAUACCAAAGUGUGUCCAAUAUUGGUCCAAUAAGAUUCAUGUCGCAUUCUAGUCAAAGGAAUAAGCCAAAUUGUGUUAAGAAGGAAAUUUGAUGGAAGACUAACUGUAUUAAGUUUAUUUAUUUAAUCUAUACCAGAAAUGUUGAUUUUAUUGAAAUUACCACUAAUAAAGACGGAAAGUC